AUGUUGAGCGAGACCCCCGCUGACGCUCAGAGCGACGAGGCCAAAAGUAGCGCCACCAGCGCCAACAGUGGCGCCACGACUGUGGCUGCUGCUACAAAGCCCCCUGAUGUAUCCAAGGCAGAGGUUGAAUAUGAUGACUUUGGGCUACCUAUACGGAAACGGCGGCCUAGGACGCCCGUCAGCGAGACGUCAGACUCCUCCGAUGAGGGGGAGAAGUUCGAGGACACGGUAGCUUCGAAAGCGGCCGGCCACGAUAUAGAAGAAUUGGCUAGGGUGGACAAGCAGGAUGAUAGUACAGGAAAAACACCUGGGCUCGUGACAGAGAUUGUACCCGAGGAAGCGAAGUCAGAGAGAAAGGCGCCACCCCGAAUCAAUGACCGUGCAGAAGACACCAAUUCGAACGCUGGGCACACGGAGAACGACCAAAAAUCAACAGGGAAGGAAGAUGCUGUUGGUGCAACAUCGGCGAUGAAGGAGAACCGUGAAGAGGAGACGAAGGAUGCAGAGAAGCAGACGUUGAAGAAAGACGGUGUGGAGGAAUCGGUAGAGAAGAAAGAGACUCCAGACAAGCAUGUGGAUGACAAAGGUGAUGGUGAUUUGGGCACACAGCAACUUCAAAGCACACAACAGUCCUCAGCAGCGAGUGCAACCGCGCCUGCACACCGCCAUCAAACCAGCAUCAUAUCCGUAAACGAGUACUCGCAUCAGCAUGCUGUCCUACAACCUAAACAGAAAGAAGAAGUAAAGGAGGAUGAAGGCGAAUGGCAGACCAUGCCUGCGUAUGCCCACUAUGACAUGUACGACGAUGACAACCGCCUCAUUGCAAAGGAGAAUGCGGAAGAGCUGGAAGACAUGAGUGGGUACGCCAACGUUGGCGGAGCGGCGAAAGGCUACACGAGGGUCAUCAUGGACGAUGAUGCGGAUUCGCAAACAAGCCUGGACGACAACACCGCCUAUUUGUUCAAAGAGAAAAGCACCGCACUGGCUGACGAAGACGAAGAAGGCCGAGAUCCACUCAGCCAAUUGCAGACUACGAAGAAUCUCCUUACUGAAGGACAACGUGUCGCAUACGUCGGGCUAGUUCGUCUAGCCAUGGUAGAGAUGGGAAACAAGUUAUCCAAGAUUGAAAGAAAGAGCAAAUCUGUCAAGAAAAUGCUGGACAUGCAUACAGAAACUUCAAGAAUGUGGGCUCAAAAGAUCAUGGUCAGAUUGUAUGGACACAUGGACAUCAAUGCUUCCGAGCAGAUCAUGAUCGAGCAACUCUCGGAGCAUGGCGUCGUCCCUGCAGAUCUUGUUCCAGCUCUGAUGCAGAACGCUCGAGUGAAGAAUCCUGCUGCCGAAGAGCCGGAGGCGUCAGACUCAACAAAAGAUGGCGGGUCCGCGCGACCAUCUGUCUCUUCCCCGCGACCUCAAACACCCGUAGACGGAGUACAGUCCCGGCGAAAAUCGGAUUCAUCAGAUAGCCUACAGUCAUCAUCUCCUCCGCCAUAUGAGCAACACCAUGGAGAUGACUAUCCCGAAGUGAAGAAACCCUCACAAUUGCCCAAAAGUAAAAAUUUGGAUAUCGAUCUUCGGUGGACAGUACUUUGCGAUCUGUUCCUAGUAUUGAUCGCAGAUUCAGUCUACGACUCGCGCUCAAGGGAACUCUUCGAGCAGGUUGGAAAGUAUCUGAGCGUGGACUGGCUCGAGAUUUGCCGGUUCGAGAAGCGCGUGACAGACGCUUUGGAAAUGCAAGAACAGGCCGACAAGGAAAAUUGGAAUGAAGACGAACACAUGGUCAACCGGGCGAAACGGGCGCGCAACAAGCGUCUUGCUUUCAUGGGUCUUGCCACGGUGGGAGGUGGCCUUGUUAUUGGUCUAUCUGCUGGAUUGCUUGCUCCCCUCAUCGGUGCGGGUCUUGCAGCAGGAUUCACGACUAUUGGUGUCGCGGGGACUAGUACAUUCCUUGCAGGCGCUGGAGGUGCAGCCAUCAUCACCUCGACAGGCGUUGUCACGGGUAGUACGGUAGGUGUCCGAGCUGCCAACAGGCGGACGGGUGCGGUCAAGACAUUCGAAUAUCGACCUUUGCACAACAAUAAAAGGACGCAUCUUAUUAUUACUCUUGCUGGAUGGAUGAACGGCAAGGUCGACGAUGUCAGGCUACCAUAUAGUACUGUAGACCCUGUCAUGGGCGAUAUAUACUCGGUUCUUUGGGAGCCCGAGAUGCUGAGGAGUAUGGGUGCUACCAUCAAUAUCCUUGCCACCGAAGCUUUGACGCAAGGUCUGCAACAAGUGCUUGGAAGUACUAUAUUGACAGCUCUCAUGGCUGCUAUGACACUUCCUCUUGCGCUCACAAAGCUAUCGUAUCUCAUCGACAACCCGUGGGUUGUCUCGCAAGCCAGAGCAGACAUGGCCGGUCUCAUUCUUGCCGACUCGCUCAUUGACCGCAAUCUCGGAACGCGGCCUGUAACGCUAGUCGGUUUCUCUCUGGGAUCGAGAGUUAUAUUCUCGUGCUUAAAGGAACUUGCCAAUCGUGGUGCUUUUGGCGUGGUCCAGAAUGUAUACAUGUUUGGUACGCCUGUCGUUGCCAAAAAUGACGACUAUGUCAGGGCAAGAUCCAUUGUUCCCGGAAGGUUCGUCAACGGGUAUGCUACAAAUGACUGGAUUCUUGGCUACUUAUUCCGUGCAACUAGCGGCGGUGUUAUGCGCGUGGCAGGUCUCGCACCUGUGCAAGUACCUACGAUCGAGAACGUGAACGUUACUGAGUUAGUACCGGGUCAUAUGGCCUACCGUGCUGCAAUGCCCAAGCUCCUUCGAGAAGUUGGGUGGAUCGUGGAGUCUGAUGAAUUCGCUGAGAUCGAAGACCCGGAUCCGGACAAUCACGAAUUGCGCCAACGCGAGCUCAUCAACGAGAUCGAAGAAGCUCGCAAAGAGCUUGAGAAGAAAAAUGCUGAGAAGGAGAAGAGGGGUGGCAAGCUAAGUUGGUGGAAGAAGAAAAAGGGAGACAAGAAGGAGUGGGAAGUCUAUGACGAGAACUCCACACUGCCGCACCAUAAACCCAUUGAUGCGGAUGGUGAUCCAGCAAAAAUUGCAGAAAAUCCCAUCAUGUUCGACAUUGACGCCAUCAGGAAGGAAGUUGCCGCACUCGCAGCUGAAAGCAAAGAGUAUAAUGCCGAGGCCGAAUUUGAAAUCAAGGAAAUCAAGAGUACGUUACCGCCGAUGAAGAUCGAUAUUAGUACCGUACCAUCACCGCCGUACUCGAAUCUUAGGGAGACGAAGAGUUAUAAUGAUAGUCUUGCGACGUCAUCAAUAGACAGCAAGACAGCCACAAACGGGGCACACACCUCGGCCGGCACCAGUACGUUUGGAAAGAAUACUUUUGAAGAAUACGAUGAAUACGAUGAAGGUGCGGAGCACAUGGAAAUGACCUUUGAGUCCUCCUUCCGCGAACCAUCACCAUCAGCAAUCAAAUCUCCGAUGCCAGCGAGCACAGGACACUCGGGAGCGUCAACGCCUUGGGAGCCGACGCCGAUCAAGUCCCCAUGGAACCCGGAGUCACAAUCCGCCUGGGACGACCUGACACCAGCGGAACGACCACCAUUAAAAUCAAUGAAGACGAGUCCCGACCCAAUAACUUCAACCAAUACAAAUGGUAAUCCAGGAUACAACGCUUGGGCCGAUGAGUUUGAUGACGACUUUGGAAAGGAGAAGGAGGUUCAGAUGACGUUCAUGUGA